CAAGCAAAGCUCAACGGCCAGAAAUUGGCUCCUAAACGAAGGCGGCAUGUCGUCACUGUUCUCUCUAGCGUGUUCUAACGCCUCUGUAGCCACUCUCACUUCUGCGCCAAGCAAAAAUUUCGCCAUCCCCGUCACUUCGAAAUCAGUUUCCUCUCUCAAAUCCUCUCCGUUUUCCCGACGGCUCUAUAGGAAUGGUUACUGGAUUUCUCACCGAAGCAAAAUUCGGGCAAAAACCGCGGACUCCGAUAAUGGUACCAGCGAACUAGCUUCCGGCGGUGGCGGUGGAAGUGGAAAUGCAUCGACUAGUUUAUUGUCCAUUCUUUGCCCGUUGCUCAAGCUCUUCUCUGGGGGAGAUCCUUCUAAGAAUAGAAGUUAUUCUUGGGAGGAAGCAACAUCUUCUUUGUCAAGUUUGGCAAGAUUUCCGUGGGGAUCAAGAUCAUUGGCAGAUGCUGAUACUGAGGAAAAUCAAGAGACAUCUAGUUCAGCACCUAAGCUUUUGCAGCUCUUUGAAUUUGAAGCAUGCCCCUUUUGCAGGAGGGUUCGAGAAGCCAUGACUGAGCUAGAUCUUUGUGUAGAGGUCUAUCCUUGUCCAAAAGGUUCUGUAAGACAUAGACAAAUGGUCAGAGAAUUUGGUGGCAAAGAACAGUUUCCUUUCCUGAUUGACCCAAAUACUGGAAUUUCAAUGUAUGAAAGUGGUGACAUUGUGAAAUACCUUUUUCAGCAAUACGGUAAAGGGAAAGGCCCCUCAACAGGGCUUUUGGAAAGCACAUUGUUCACAGGAUGGAUGCCAACAAUUCUUCGAGCAGGUAGAGGGAUGACCUUAUGGGAUAAAGCCAGACUAGAUGCACCAUCCCAAAAAUUGGAACUUUUCUCAUAUGAGAACAAUGCGCAUGCACGAAUUGUGCGAGAGGCAUUCUGCGAAUUGGAGCUUCCAUAUAUCCUCUACAAUGUGGGAGAAGGGUCUCAACGGAAAAAGUUGCUUCUUGACAUGUCUGGAUCCCAGGAGGUGCCUUACAUGAUUGAUCCCAAUACUGGUGCUCAAAUUGGUGACUACAAGAAGAUCUUACCUUACUUGUUUGAGACAUAUUCGUUAGCCACUGUCUAGUACUGAACAUCCGGCAACAUCUGGGUAAGUACAUACAACCUUGCAAUUGCGUCUUAUCACUGGCAUUAAGCUAAAUAGAGAAUAAUUAGUGUAGCACGGGUUUGGGUUUGCUUGCGCUCUGAUUUAGCUGUAACGUUGCUUCUUAAGUUGGCAUUUUUACCAUUUUAUUUACCUAUAAAAGAAUGUUCCUUUUCCUCCCCUUUUUUUGUAUGGUUCAAAAAGCAGGAGAAGAGUGACCUACCACCAUUUACCGUAGCCAGUGUUAUAUGCUGAAUCAGUAACGACAAAUGUUGAAUGAAAGACUUAUAAUUUGUAUGA